AUGCUCAAAGUCAUUGCAGUAUUGCCGGAAUUUGAUAAAAUCACUGCUGUUGAAGUGAACUUGGAGCGAGCACAGCGAAGUUAUCAGGCGUACAAACGAUUUUUCCGACAUCUGCCGAACAUGCGCCAUUUAAGAGUUUUACGACUGUUUGGCUGUCCAUUUCACUUUGACUUCCGCUAUAUAUGGAGACUGAUGUUGCGCGGUUUCGACAUGCUACCGCAAAUCACCGAGCUCUCGAUCGACAACUUACUGCGAAACACCGAGUAUGAGGACCUGCUCGAGUUCUGUGAAGCAGUACCGGUGGGCCUGCAGUCGCUGACGCUCUGUCGGAUGCGUUUUUUUGAUGAAACUCAUAUCCAGCGCAUUGCUGAGCGUUGCACCAAACUGGACACAUUCUAUGGGAGCGGCUUGUGGAAUCUAUCGUCGAAUGGCGUUGAACAAGCAUUGCUGCACCUGUGCAACCUGCGACAAAUAAGUCUGUGCGAUGCGGGACCUGUGCCAUCAAGUGCUUACCAUCUUUUGAGUGACAGUAAAGCCACGCCACACAUUCAAGCUGUAAUUUUGGGCGGUAACACAUUUGAACCGAAGAUAGCAAGGAUCGCGGCGGGUCUAGACGCUGUCUUUCGACGUUUGCCGCAAUUUCGCACUUCCGGUGAAGCAUGUCGAUGGCGUGGUUACGAGUACCAUAUGUGGCGUGAUCGCCGCGCAUAUGAUGAGCUACUGGCAGCAUCAAGCCAUGCCGAUUGCCCGGGCUGUGGCCGAGACAUGGGCCUGAUUGAAGGCAGCACGCUGUAG